AAAACCAAAACUAAAACUCUAGCAAGACAAACUAACAUGGAUGUUUUUACCAGUCUUGUCUCUUUUCCAGUAAUGUUUGAUGUGCUGGGGAAAACAGACAGGUGCACACUCAGACGGCACAGCGGACCCAUGCAGACUCUGCAUCAUGAAUACUCUGUCUGAAGCAAAUGGCACCUUUGCCAUCCAUCUUUUGAAGAUGCUAUGUCAAAGCAACCCUUCAGAAAAUGUAUGUUACUCUCCUGUGAGCAUCUCCUCUGCUCUAGCUAUGGUCCUCUUGGGGGCAAAGGGACAGACCCAAGUCCAGAUAUCUCAGGCACUUGGUUUGAACAAAGAGAAAGACCUCCAUCAGGGCUUCCAGUUGCUUCUCAGUAACCUGAACAAGCCAGAGAGAAAAUACUCCCUUAGAGUGGCCAACAGGCUCUUUGCAGACAAAACUUGUGAACUCCUCCCAACCUAUAAGGAGUCCUGUCUUCGAUUCUAUAAUUCAGAGAUGGAGCAGCUCUCCUUUGCCGAAGCUGCAGAGGAGUCAAGGAAACACAUAAACACGUGGGUCUCCAAACAGACUGAAGGCAAAAUUCCUGAGCUGUUGUCAGGUGGUUCAGUUGAUUCAGAGACCAGGCUGGUUCUCGUCAAUGCCUUAUAUUUCAAAGGAAGGUGGCAUCAACCAUUUAACAAAGAAUACACAGUGGAUAUGCCCUUUAAAAUAAACAAGAAUGAGAAACGACUAGUGCAGAUGAUGUGUUGUGAGGACACAUAUAACCUUGCCCAUGUGAAGGAGGUGCAGGCGCAAGUGCUCAUGAUGCCAUAUGAAGGAAUGGAGCUGAGCUUCGUGGUCCUGCUCCCAGAUAAUGACGGGGACCUCAGCAAGGUGGAAAGCAAUCUCACUUUUGAGAAGUUAACAGCCUGGACCAACCCAGACUUUAUGAAGAACACUAAUGUUGAGGUUUUCCUUCCAAAAUUUAAACUGCAAGAGGAUUAUGACAUGGAGUCUGUGUUUCAGCGCUUGGGAAUAGUGGAUGUCUUCCAAGAGGCCAAGGCUGACUUAUCAGCAAUGUCUCCAGAGAGAAACCUGUGUGUGUCCAAGAUUGUUCACAAGAGCUUAGUGGAGGUCAAUGAGGAAGGCACAGAGGCUGCAGCAGCCUCCGCUGUCAUAGAAUACUGCUGUGCUGCUUUUGUCCCAACAUUCUGUGCUGACCACCCCUUCCUUUUCUUCAUCAAGCACAACAAAACCAACAGCAUUCUGUUCUGUGGCAGGUUCUCAUCUCCAUAAAGACACAUUUACUACAUGGGGAGAGUCCUCUCUUCAGUAUCUCCACCACUCCAAAGCUCUGCCAGGAUGGGCAAGUAGGGGGAAACCAUGUUCCAAGAUGAGGAUACUUUCUUCCUGCCAGCCUGAUCUUAUGAUGCCUGCAUUCAGCUCUCCCUAUCCUGAAUGCAUUUGUGCCCUUUUGCAGGUUAUGUCUAAUGAUGCCAUAUAGCCUUUGCUAUGCCGCUGAUACUCAUAACUUAUAGCCAAUAACUUACAGCCUGGUAGAACUGAAUCAAUGUGUAAGAAUGCUGGAGAGAAGGACAGAUACUAGGAAAAGUUGCUGAUCUUGCAAAGGACACAGGGACAUUUCCCACCACCCACAUGGCUGCUUACAACCUCUGGAAAUUCCAGUUUCCACCCAUGUCUUGAUGCCUUUAUUUGGCUACUACUGGCCCCAGCAUCCUGUAUAAGCAUGUAACAUCACUCAAAGUUAUGCAGAAACAAGUAAAUUUUAAAAAAAUAAAUAAAAAUUUAAGAAGUGGUCAUAAGUUUCAUUAAUGGUUGGAUAAUAUCUGCUAUUGUGGCUCAUUCCUCUAACCAUUAUUCUUGUGUAAAGAAUCAACAAUUUAUGGGUAAAAUCAGGCCACGAUCUUAUCUUUAUCCCCUUUCAAACACACUGUAACCAUUACUCAGUGACUCUCCAUUCUUCCUCCCUCUGGUUGUCUAACCACCAAUCUUCUCUUUAUCUAUGUAGAUUUACCUAUUAGGGACGUUUUAUACACAUUGCUUCUUUGCUUUCUUAAUAAUGUUCUUUGAUGCACACAGAUUGCUCUUUUCAGUGACGUUCUCCUUAUUUAAUACUGUUCUGAUCAUGUGUAUCCAUGCCACAGCUAAGAAUCUCACCACUAAAAUCAAGUACAGAAAUAACUGCUCCUAUGUUUUCCUCCAAGACUUUCAUGGAUUGUGGCUUAUAUAUCUACGUCAUUGUUCCAAUUUGAAUUAAAUUACAUAUACAGUA